AUGGCUACCACUUUGCCCGACUACCUACCGCUCCACGCGUCCCUCAAGCAUGACUUCGACAGGGCCACCGCGUUCAGACCUGCACUCUCUAAGCAGGUUCAAGAACUCGUCGAUAUGAUCUUGCAAGACACCAAAAGAUACAUUGACCAGAUGCUCACAGAGAGUGUAGAAGUCAGUGCGGUAGUGGGAUCUAACUUGGCGAGCUUGGAAGCUCUUCUCCGCAGCCAGUUUGAUCUUGCAAAGUACACCCAAUCGGUGAAAUCCACCAAGGAAAAGAUCAAGCAUGUGGGUAGAGAAGAGCCUGCGAUAUCUCUCGAAACCCUCGAGGUGUACCACGCCAAGGAACAUGCCCUCAACUUUGCAGAUGAGAUAGAUGAGCAGUUUCGCAUGGAGAAGGAGGUCAAUGACGUGGACGCUGAGUUUGCGGAGUUUCUCAAGAAGAAUAACGAUUAUCAGAACUUGAAGAAGAUGCUGUUUGUGAUCGACAAUCCCGAAGAGCCAAUUCCUGACGAUGAAGAGGACGAGGACUUGAAUGUUUCGGGUGGUAAGAUCUCCUUGAAGGAUCCGAUCUCGUUGAACUACUUUGCUGCGCCAGUGAUAGCGAAGAGAUGUCAGCACACGUUUGAAAAGGAGUCGAUUUUGACCCAUUUGGUCAGCAAUAACAACUGUCCUAUUAACGGGUGCACCAACAAAAUCACGUCCAGUGACUUGGUGGAAGACCAGUUGAUGAAAAUCAGAGUCAAGGCGUACUUGGCCAAGGAAAGAAAGAGACAUGAGAAUGUGGCCAGGGUUGUAUGA